CCAGCGUCACCUUGGCUCUGGAGCGACUUUGUCUUAACCAAGUCAUCUUGGUUUUGUGCCAGGCUGUGCAUCCUCCUGCUUUUUAACCUUCCUCGACUUACCUGAUAAAGAAGAAGCCUUUUGCCGCGGGGUGGAGACACCAUGUCACAGGAAGAGUGAGCUCCUGCCCAUUUUACCAUGGAGGACUCGGGAAAGACUUUUGGAUCAGAGGAGGAAGAAACAAACUAUUGGAGAGACCUGGCCAUGACCUACAAGCAGAGGGCAGAGAAUACACAGGAGGAACUCCGAGAAUUUCAGGAAGGAAGCCGGGAAUACGAAGCUGAAUUGGAGACUCAGCUGCAGCAGAUUGAAACCAGGAACCGGGACCUCCUGUCAGAGAAUAACCGCCUUCGAAUGGAGUUAGAGACUAUGAAGGAGAAGUUUAAAAUGCAGCAUUCAGAAGGCUACCGGCAGAUCUCGGCCUUGGAGGAUGACCUGGCUCAGACAAAAGCCAUUAAAGAUCAACUGCAGAAAUACAUCCGGGAACUGGAACAAGCCAAUGAUGACCUGGAGAGAGCCAAACGAGCCACAAUCAUGUCUUUGGAUGACUUUGAGCAUCGUUUGAAUCAAGCAAUUGAAAGAAAUGCCUUCCUGGAGAGCGAGCUGGAUGAGAAGGAGAAUCUUCUCGAAUCCGUGCAGAGGCUGAAGGAUGAAGCAAGAGAUCUGCGGCAGGAAUUGGCUGUGCAGCAGAAGCAAGACAAGCCCCAGACAGCCAUGCCAGGCUCUGGGGAAACAGAAAGGACAGACAUGGCUGUGCAGGUCACAGGCUCUGUGCCAUCCACUCCCAUAUCUCACCGAGGACCCAACUCUGGUUUGAACACACCAGGAAUAUUCAGACGAGGUCUGGACAGUUCUAAUAAUGGGACCCCACUCACACCUGCAGCCCGGAUAUCAGCCCUAAACAUCGUUGGGGACCUGCUUCGGAAAGUUGGGGCCCUGGAGUCCAAACUAGCAUCAUGCAGGAACUUCGUGUAUGACCAGUCCCCAAGCCGAAGAAGUGGUCCAGCUUCAGGGCGAGGAACCAAAAACAGAGAUGGUGGUGACAGACGGCCAAGCAGCACCAAUGUAGGAGAUAAAGGGUCAGGAAAACGCUUGGAGUUUGGGAAGCCGGCCCCGCAGCUCUCCUCACCAGCGCUGCCAUCCACCCAGGAUGUGGUCAAGCUUUUGCUUUAGGACCAGUGGGAGCUGUGCCCUCAGCUGUCUUGCUGUCUCACCCCCUACAUUCAGCUUCUGGUUGUUGAAUUUCCAAGUUAAUUUGAGAAACAAGGCCAGCAUCACCAGCGUUCACUGUGUGCUGUGCAGCCUAGGCUGACUAAGGCUGUUGGCCAUAGGCUCAGCGUCAUCCCCGUAAUGUGUCCAGUCCCUGGCAGUGUGUGUGCCAUAGAAAUGAGCUGGUGUUCUCCCCACCCCACCCCCCAGAGCAGGCAGUUCUAAGGUAUGGAUGAUGGGGCUACCCUGUCAUUGGCUACCUAGAGUUUUAAUGGCCUCCAGAGGUGUUUUGAAUAUGCAUAAUAUUCUUCAGGGGCACUAGAGCCCAGCACAGGAGCUCUCCUCUGCAGCCUGUUCCAACUGAAGCUGUCUUCUGGAACAUUCUGCCAGUGCUUUUACAGCAUGAUUAAAUUGUGUCUAGGACUGGGAGAUUACAGAGGCAUAGGGCUGUUUUAAACUAUGGUUGUGUACUUUUGCCACCUUUCUCUGUCCUGGCUGUCCUGGAACUUGCUAUGUAGACCAGGCUGGCCUUGAACUUAAAAAUCUGCCUGCCUCUGCCUCCCAAGUAUUGGGAUUAAAGAUGUAUGUCACCACUGCCCAGCCCUUUGACACUUUUAAUCUGCCUCAGGAUUUUAGAGGUGUGUCUGACUCUUAGGUCAGUGGGAGAUUAUCCUCUGUAGAUAAACCCUGCCUCCUAUCUUUCCUGAGUCCCUUGCACUAAUGUUGGAGUGACUUCUGCAUCAUGACAACUCAGAGUUGGACUGGCCUUUUUUAUGCCAUCUCUAAGAACAAGACUUCAUCCAGACACCAUAGAAUAACCAGAGUGACUAAAACAUCAGAUUGAGAUCGCUGGCGGACUCUCCCUUGGGAUGUGGAGAAAUCAGCACAGGAACUGCAAUGCCAGACUCUGUCUGGUGUGGGGUGAAGCACUGCCUCAUGCUUGGUGAGAAGCAGUGAGAAGCAAUCACACACUAAUUUCCAGAGCUUAGCGGCCUUCACUUUGCUACUAACUUAUUUUCUAGUAGAUGGGGCAAAACUGGCCUUGAAUUGGACCUAGAACUUUGAGUGCUACUGAUAUUCACAAAGUGGUUUUAAGCUCUGUGGCUAUUUGUUCCACUCACACAUUCUAAUCUGGAAAAAGAUGGACUUUAUUUUUUAUAUUAAAAAAAAUAAUAAAAAAAAAUGCCUGCCUUGC